AAUCGGUGAUUAAUACGCGUGUGCAAUCAACCUGUAUUUUUAUUUUCUUCUUUUUUACUAUUUAACAACAUAAUGACACUCAUCAACAGAUUAAGCGAUGAUUGCCUGGAGCUCAUAUUUAUAGCGUGUGAUGGGUGUCCUUGGACAUUAUGUACAUUAUCUCAAGUGUGUCGUCAAUGGUACGCCAUCUCGCACCGACCUUCUGUUUGGCGAAAGCUUGUGAUAGAUAAACCGAAUUUUCAUGCAGCCUACACACGACUUUUAUCCUCUUCGCUUGUCCAAGCGGUCCGGUCCCUUUAUUUAUCCAAACCGAUCGAGAGUCGUCAUGCCCAUUUAAGACCAUUGCCGUUUCAACACCUGACUCAGAUUGAACACUUACAUACCUCGAAUCUCUGUCUGGCAGAAAUCGACCACGUAUCGCAGCAGCUUGUAACUAAAUCAGAUAAACUAGGUUGGCUUGUGUGCACAGAGAUCGAGACUUGGUGUGACUCUAGACGAUUUAGCGCGGAUUUGAUACAGAAACACACAUGUUUGGAACGUGUCCAAUUUGAAUUUAAAGAAGAUGGGCAUUCAGGGUUCGCACCCAUACAUACUGUAAGCAAAUUAAAUGGUGAAUUGACACUAGUCAAGUCAUUCAGGUUGACAAGUAUACGUGAUGAGGAAUUGUUCGAUCAACGCAAUAUACUAACGAUUCUGGAGGAUACCGAAGAAACACGCGACGAACUUUAUUAUCUCGCAGAUAUCGAGAGAUAUGAUCAGGGGAUUCAAAUCCUACUACAGUCAUGGGAUAAUAUUAGUUAUGAAUUGAAUCACAAGUACGAGUUUAUGAAAAGUUUACGACAUUUGGAAAGACUUCAUUUUGGGUUUUGCUUUGCAUGGACACCACUUGUUUGGAGGGAGACUUUUGGCACUGUGAUGCAACAUAAUGCAGGACUUUCACAUUUGAGUUUGCAUGGAUGGGAUCAGUUGGGAAAAUUAUCAAAGGUGGGUCAUCGAUGCUCUGUGUUACAACCAGUGCGAGCAGAUGCAGAAGCAGCUAUAUCUGAAUGCUUUGCCAUGAUGUCACAGUUGGAACAAUUACAGCUUGUGGAUUUCAGUAUAGGACCUGGAUUGUUGGGUGAGCAUAUGCCAAAAUCAAUUCAAUAUUUGGAGAUUGAAUAUACAAGGGCUUUUCCUAGUCAUUUCACAGAGCCAUCAGAUAUUUGGUUAUUGGUAGGGCCCAUUAAAGACUUUGUAGCUGUGGUAUUUUCAAAUGCUUGUGACAAGACAAGAAAACUAGUGAUCCGGCUUGAUCCCAGUUUGGCUGCUGAAGUUGAAAUAAAUCCAUUUUUUAAAGAAGAGCCAUUUCUAGAGUCGAUUCAAAACGAACUAAAAGAUAAAAAUGUUGAAAUUAUUAUUUCAUAA